CCAGAGCCCACAGCGCUCUCGAGCUGGCAGAAGAACAAGGCCGGCUUGUGUUUCUUCCACUCCAGUCCAUUGUCUCCAGUCUUCUUUUCGCCAGAAACAAACAAACAAUGGAGCGGAGUCUUCGGAAUUCGGUUGGCACUUUACUUACGCAUCAUUAGUGCUCCCUCUUCAUUAUCUCUCUGGCUCUCCGCUUCUCCGAUUUUUUAUCACAUGGGUUAGAAAGCUCGAUUAAGAAAAUAAAGAAAAGAGCCGGGGACCGGCCGGCGGGCAGGGCAGGAGCGGGAAUAUUUUAUAGUUUAUCUCUUGUAACUGAACAUAUUUUAUGAGUGCGAGCUAAAAAAAGCCGUUUUGGGUCAAAGUUUGUAAGUUUCCUGCCAUUUUGGUGACUUGGAAAUACACUGAAAAAAACUAUUAAAAAUGUGAAUAAUAUUCUUCACAAUGGUUGGACUCAUGGAGUACUAUGCCACUGUCGUCUCUGUUUAUUCGUCUGAAAACUGGAUCUACUUUAUAGCUUCGCAGCUGCCCCCCUUUUUACAAGCGUACCCCUCCGAAAUUUACGACUGCACUAAAAUCGAACCGAUUCCAUCCGAGCCGGGGCCCUGAAUGCGCCGCCUUGUGCUCUGCUUUUAUUAUUGAUUUCUGGGCUUCGGUUUGCUCAGCUGCCAGCCUCCGCCACUCCGCCACUCCGUGUAAGUCAUAAAACGGGCUACUGUUUCGGCUGCUUGGCUCCAUGUCAAGAUCGCUGUUUGUGGGGCUUGUGGGGUUUGUGGGGGAAGCUGCCAAAGAAUUUCAAAGCUGAAAUACCAACACACCGAACCGGGCCGAAAGAAAUCGAAAUCGAAGCCAAAGUCGAAGAGUCGAGCGACGUUAAGCUUUUUUGUACUUUCACUUGUGCAAACACGCCGCGGCCAAGAACGCCGGAGAUGCUGGGGCGGAGAGCAGGGUCAUCUGUAUCCAAUGCACUGAAGAAAAUGCCCAGACCUCUAGGGGCCCUAACCCCCGGUACUUCAACGCAUCGCCCGCCCCCCGGAGCUGAGACUCUCUGGAACACUCUCCUUCUUGUCUUCUUCACUUCUUCGCCUUCAGUUAGAAAGUUCUCUCAGUGUAUGUCCGCAGCACGAUCAUCAGCUGGCUGAUGAUCCGGGUCGGAUGGGGUUACAAGCCACUCGAAUUCCAAUUCUUCAGUAGCCAGCAGCGGGGCAAGCCAAGCGGUCUUCUCUCUUCUCUUCUGACAGCUCUGGUUCUUCCAUUCCAUUCCAACAUCCACUUCCACAAUCUUUUCGCUGAAAUCUCGAGUAUUUGACGGAAGAGACUCUCCGACCCGGGCAUGCCCGGUCACGUGUCCCUGCUCCUGGGCUGCCUCCUCGUCCUGCUGCUGGGGCAUGCCCCACGCAGCGCCCAGGCCCUCCACCGCUGGAGCCCCAUGAUGAAGGCCUUCCGCUACCUCCAGGAGUCGAUGCUACGGAAUAGUCUGGAGAGGUCUCACCUCAAUCACGGAAUCGUCUUCGAGUGUCGAACCAUCUCCACGCGGGACUUUGGCAACGAGGUUCACUUCCACCUCCAGCUCGGCGAUCUCCGGGGAUUCCGUCGCCUGGAUCCCAACAAGAAGCUGGCCCUGUUUCUGCACGGCUGGAACGACCAAGGCAGCAAGGACUGGGUUCAGGAGCUGUUACUGACCUGGACCCUCUUCGACCCGAACUACAACGUCUGCGUGGUCGACUGGGGGAACCUCUCCCAGAACGACUACAAGAGCGCCUCCAUGUCCAUCUUCGACGUGGGACUGACGGUGGCCGGGAUCAUCAUGGCCCUGGAGGAACUGCGCCCCACCCACUUCAACAGAAGCAACGUGACCCUGGCGGGCUACAGCCUUGGCGCCCACGCCGCAGGAUACGCCGGAGCGGUCCUGGAGGGCAAGGUGGAGCAGAUCAUCGGGCUUGAUCCAGCGGGACCCCUGUUCUCAUUGCCCGCCGAGGUGUCGCCCAAGUACCGGUUGGAUCCGGGGGACGCCCAGUUCGUCCAGGUCCUGCACACCUCGGGUGGCUCCCUGGGGACGAGCCUGAAGUGCGGGCACGCCGACUUCUAUCCGAACGGGGGCCGCGCACCGCAGACGAACUGCAAGAUGUUCGCCAACCUCCGGGACAUGCAGAACACGAAUCCCAUCGCCUGCAGCCACUCUGCGGCGGCCAUCUUUUUCCGGCAGUCCAUGGACCCGGAGUACCCGUUCGUGGGCCAGGAGUGCGCCAGCUACCGACAGUUCUCCGCCGGAUACUGCGACGGGAACCGGCGGGCUCGCUUCGGCAUCCAUUCGCAGAGACGGGCGCAGGGGAGCUUCUACUUCCGGACGGCGCCCCAGCAGCCGUACGUCCAGAGGCGCCAGGGACUUUGGCUGGACGGGGUGGCCAGGAAGGCGGGCGCCGGCAGGAGGGCCGACUCUGUCCUGCGCCUCUGGACCAGAUCCUGGCGGCGGCGGGCGAGGGACAAGGAUCGCUGCCUGUAGCCCCCUUUUUUUUUAGUGUUAUCUAGACAGUUAAGUAAGCUUUCCUAAAGGACAUUUGUACACCUUGACUUGGGCCAUGAGAACAUUCCCAAGACCCGUUCCUGAACUUCUGCCGGACUUUCUAUUAGCUCCGUUAACUUAUUUUAUGAUUAGGCGGCCCGUCGGCAAAAUAAACAAGUAGC